AUGCUCGCCCUCCAUAUCGCCCUCUACGCGCUUCUAGGCGCAUCUCUCGCGUUUGCAAUUAUAGAGCUAGGCUUGAGCGCACAUGUUGUCUCUCUGUAUCAUCACAUUCCGGUGCCAGAGUAUGAUUAUUACAAUGGUUACUCCUUCGAAGUGGUGGACAUCAAGCCGCCUCCUAUUCUCGAUUUCAUCAUUUUCUCCUCCGCGUGGAGCGUGUUAAUCACAGGAGUCGCCUUCUUCCUGCCUUUUUUCUACAGACAAAAGGAGAAUACACUUACCACAAACAAGUUGAUUUCCAUUGGCCUCGUCGCGAUGUACUUCGUCACUUGGGUCUUCUGGUUGGCGUCUUUCGCAAAUAUUGAAUGGCUUCUGGGAGGAUACUCGAGCGGGUCGUCCUAUUUGGAUGCUAUGAUUGCAUUCGCAAUACUACUUUGGCUUUCCUUCCUGGCUCUAUUCAUCCUGACUAUCAUCGCUAUAUGCGGUGUCUUGAAGUCAGACUUGCCCGGAUAUAUGCCUUUCAAAAUUGCAAAUGUGGAUGCUGCUCACAGCGCAGAUCCUGCAGAGCUGGAAGCCCCAGAGAUGGAAAGAGCUGAGGUUGCAGCGUAA